AUGCCGUGGCUACGAAAACACAACCCGAAUAUAGACUGGAAUGGCCUGACAAUCCAACUAGAGCCCACCCUUCGCGCCGUGGUCUUCGAACCCGAACCGCGUAUGCGGAGUGUCACUCUCAUCGAGGAGCUACCGCGAGACGAGCCGGACUGGGUGGGAGAGGCACCGCAGGACCCCCGUGUGAUACUCGAGGAGGUGGCGCCGCCAACAGCUACGGCACCCCGACCGGAACCGGUCUGGAACGAACCCAGCGCUCCGCGGCUGCUGAACUCAAAACAACGCAAACGC